AUGCCCAAAAACACUCCCACAUCGUCAUCAUCACUGACUACGAAACAUGUUAAAAAUCCAAGAGUGUUUUUUGAUAUUGCGAUCGGAGAUGAAAAUGUAGGAAGAAUUGUCAUGAAAUUAUAUAAACAUAUUGUUCCGAAGACUGCCGAAAAUUUUAGAUGUCUUUGUACUGGAGAGAAGGGUAUUGGAAAAGAAACUAAAAAGCCUCUUCAUUUCAAAGGAACCAUCUUCCAUAGAGUGGUUCCCGGUUUUAUUAUUCAAGGUGGUGAUUUCUCAGAAUUUAAUGGAACUGGAGGUGAAUCAAUUUAUGGAGGUUAUAUGGAAGAUGAAAAUUUUAUUUUAAAACAUUCUAGGCCAGGUUUAUUAUCAGCAGCAAAUGCAGGAAAAGAUACGGUCGGUUCACAAUUCUUCAUAACUCUCUCCUCUGACUUGGAUUAUCUUGAUGGAAAACAUGUCGUAUUUGGAAGAGUUAUUGAUGGAAUGGAUGUUGUAAAAAAGAUUGAAAAUGUCAAAAUAUCAGAGGAUAAUAAUCGACCGCUUCAAGAGGUUGUGAUUAAGAAUUGUGGAGAAUUAAAAUUAAAGAAAAGAGAACCCAAGAAGAAAGAGGCUCCUAAAGAGCAAAGUGGUGUAAAAUCAUCACCAAAAUAUCAGCCGAGAGAAUUUAGAUAUGAACCUAGUGACACUUACGAAAGAAGAGGCUUUUCUGAUAAUCGAUAUUCUUCCUACAGGAGCUCAAGAAAUUACAGAGAGGACAGAUACGUGAAGGGAAGAGGUAGUCGAAAAUAUAAUGAUUAA